GUGAUGCACUCUGCGCGGUGGAAGAGAGAGAGAGAGGAGAGGAUUUGCAGAGAUACGGUUCGUGCUUAUCCAAAUGCCACCGGACACCGACAGAGGCCUCGUACCGGACGCACGCAGGGUGGUAGCGGGGCCGAGAGGCACGAGACUUACCGGGAACAUGGCGGCGGGAACAACAACCUGAACGGUACCGGAGCAACGAUACAUCAGAGGAAACGAGGCGGUUGGCGGCACGGUAACGGAGGAGCAUCACUUAACACAGGUCAACGAAUAACAGCUCAACAGUCAACACCUUAGAUAAGAGGACAUGAGGGGAAACGUAAAGGCAGCAGGCCGUAUCUAAGCAACGAUCACAUCAACACAGCGUGCAGCAGCGCACACACCAUGAGCUACAAGAUCCCCGGGGCAGCGAUGGACCGAGUCAGCCUGCUGUGGCGCAUGAGGCGUCGGGCUCGUCGUGGAGUUCUCUGCAUGGCCUUCUUCUGCAUCUCCAUGGCUCUGCUUUACGCCAUCUGUGCAGAGAACAGCGUCCCUGUCACCGACGCCAUCUUCGGGGUCCGAGCGCGAACCCGGGCUCAGCCUCGAGCACACUCGGUUCUCAAGGUUCUGCGAGGCGGAGCUAAACCGAUGUACAUCGACCCCCAGAAGAUGCCAGGGGUCGUCCCAGGUGACCCUCACCGUCCAAUCCCUGUCCUCUCCUCUCCGAACCAAACCCACGAAGCCGUAGACUCGUCGCCAAAGAGGAAGCCAAAAGAGCGGGACAACUCCGGGUUCUUCUCUCGCCUGCUGCCGCGCCCUUUAACGCGUGCGCUGGAAACCCUGUUUGGAGGCCGGCGUAGGGGCGAGCUGAGUACCAAAGGGGGGGACGCAGAAUUUUUUGGGCCUCAUGGGCUUCUGGGAGAGGUGUGGGACGACGAAAUGUCCAGUAACAUGCUGGGGAGCAGACUGAGAAAGGUGGUGCAGAAUUAUCAGGCGACGAAUAAGUACGGAGUGGAGUUCUCCGGUCCUGGCGGUGUGUCCAGCCGGCCCAAGCUGAGCGGUCCUAAACUUCUCUGCCAAAUGAAGGAAAACGUGGAGGUGGAGACGUUGACCUCUGACCUCCAGCCCUUCUCAUCUCUGCCCUGGGCCUCCCAGCUGCCAAUGAGUCAGCUGACCUCUGACCUCGGGCCGUACAGGACCUGCGCUGUGGUGUCGUCUGCAGGGUCGCUGCGCUACUCAGGACUUGGCAAAGAGAUAGACUCCCAUGAUGCAGUGCUGCGCUUCAACGCCGCCCCGACCACCGGCUUCGAGAAGGAUGUCGGUUCAAAAACCACAAUCCGCCUAAUCAACUCCCAGGUGAUGGCGUCUGAUGACCACCGUUUCCUGUCCAGCUCUCUGUACAGCUCAGGUGCUCUGGUGGCCUGGGAUCCCGCCCCCUUCUCUGCUGACCUCUCUCAGUGGUACAACAGAACAGACUACCCCAUCUUCACCCAGUACCAGAGAUACAGGAGGCUUCAUCCGAUGCAGCCCUUCUACAUCCUGCAUCCUCGCUUCGAGUGGCAGGUCUGGCAACGUAUUCAAGACAACAUGGCUGAGCCCAUCCAGAGAAACCCGCCCUCCUCCGGCCUGCUUGGCACAAUCCUGAUGAUGUCGCUGUGUGAGGUGGUGCAUGUUUACGAGUUCCUGCCGUCCCGCAGAAAGACAGAGCUGUGCCAUUACUACCAGCGUUUCUACGACGCCGCCUGCACACUGGGCGCAUAUCACCCUCUGCUGUACGAGAAGAAUCUGGUCAAGAGGAUGAACCAGGGGUCAGACCCCGACAUCUACACCCAUGGACGUGUCACCCUGCCUGGGUUCAGACAUCUGAACUGUACCCACACUGCCGGAGUAAACAACCACUGACUUGAAAAUACAAAAGGAAAGCACACAAACACAAACCUAUGAAGCAAAGCAGAUACCUGCAUGUAAACAUGAGGACAGACGCAUGAACAUUUCAUUCUCACUGCCGAAACAAAAGGAACGCUGUGCCACUCACUAUAAAUAUUACAUGUAACAUCAGGCUGCAAACACGUGACACACACACACACACACACACACACACACACACACACACACACACACACACACACACACACACAGUCCAAUUAACUAAUAGAUGUGCCUGCUGUUCAUACAUACAUACAUGACCUAUAGAGGACGUUUUAUUGAUAAUCCCUGUUCAUCCCUGAAUAUACAUCCCUUACAAAAGGAGCAUAUCGCUGUUUUAACCAUGUAUGUACAAAUGUAUUUCAAUGUUAAUAUUUUGUGUUUUCCAAACGGAACUAGCAGGUUUUUUAUGUCUUCCAGAAAAACAAUCAACACCACUGACAACAUUUAUACAAGCUAUACUUCCAACAACUACUGACAAGAAGCAUGAUAUAAAUAUAUAUUAGGGGUG